UAUAACCAGGCUGUUUCGCUUCGUACCGUGUGCAUCGAAGUCACGGGUGAGAUKGCGGUUGGCGCUGGCGGGGAAGUGCCUUUUCGUUCAACAAAGCAAGUUUCGUAGCGAGCAGUAACUAGACAACGUGCUUAUUUGGCAAGGGGAAGGAUGGCGUCGAUGUUGCCCAUCUUCUCGUGAACCAUGAGGCCGAGGAUUCCCAUUUGGGCGGCACGUCCGUUGUUCAACUCGAUGGAUCGCUUGCGACGCUUCCAGUCAUCGGAUUGCUUGUCCCAUCCGAAGUCAAGAGCUCCGUUACGGAAGUCACCCUUGAAUUCGGCCUUGCCCUCGGCGUUACCGUCACCAACUCCCCAAGGAGCCUGGAACUGAUCCUGGUUGGCGGCUUCCAUCAUAGCCCAAGUGGCGAUCAGCUGGGCCCAGACCAUACCGGGGAGGUUGUCAAGGGCGGCGAAGCCUCCGGGGAUGUCUUCGGCUCCAGGGAAUCGGACUCCAGCGGCGGUGGUCAAGUAUCCGACAACAGCAAGCAUGGMGAUACGUCCGUGCUUGAGUUCGACCCAUCGAAGGCGGGCGAACUGUUCCUCAUCAGCGUCCUUGGCAUCACCGAUGAUUCCGAGRGGAUCAAAGAAUCCCAAAGGAGCCUGGGCACCRAUUUCUCCGGAGACAUCGGCGUUCAAGGCGGUGGAGGUGGUUGCUUGUUGGGCAGGCGCGAAGGCGGCGGCUCCGGCGACAAGGGUGGUGAAAAUGGCGAGCUUCAUGGUUGAAAUUUUUGGAGUUGUUGUUGAAAAGGUUCAAGUUUGGGAUUGUGAGRGRAGAGWGGCUGGCCCUCGGAAGGUGUAUUACCUACACGGAGAACAUAACCACUAAAAAUUGGUUGCACUUCCUCGAAACGAUACGACGGCCUUUCCUCGUGAUAGAUACCAGGAAGGACAACAUUCAACCAAAGGAAUGCGAAUUUACGUUCGUAAGUUCCUACUAGUAAAUCUAAAAACCUCAAACACCCAUCACUAAUUUCUUGAUGGACAGAGGAUCGCGAUCGCGACUUCAACCAGAUACCAAUUUUGGGAAUUUGAGGAAGAGGAACAAAAAGAACAGCAAUGCUACUCUACUCGUGACUGGAUAGUUUCUAUAGAUUGUCCUACMGGACAGGGAUGGGUCGCCUCAGUCACGUCUGUAAAAGUCGUCGUCACCUACUACGGUUUCACGGUAUCUUCGGCUUCAACUUCCCCCAUUGCUUCUGUCUUUCGCCCGCGAACGUCUGUUCCGUCCAAUUCCUCGCAGCUGUCGGUCUGUCUGCGUCCUACGUGACCCGACAUUCACCUGUUUUGGGGCGAAGAGUUUGUGCCACGUCGUAUCGCGCGACGCGCAGAUGCAGUUUCAUAAAGCAUUUGAGCAUCCAAUUACAAAACAAAGCACAANGUCGUCAUGUCAGUAGCAAUGAUUGUGUGGAUGAAUCGUAUCGUAACACCACAGAACCUAUCUGUGUCCACGCAAAACGUAUAACGAAUGUGAUGAGCAUGCAAUGCUGUGCAACGAAGUUGAUUCCUGGAACCGAUACUCAAUCCUUCCCGAGCAUCGAGACAAAGCAAAACUACAGAGUGUUUGGUUCUGAUGGCGUCCUGUAUGUUCGGUCGUCGCCAAAUAUGGCAAAUUGCGAUGGCUGGAUGUAUCCUUGCAUUGUGCUYYUCASUUGUCGAGUAAUCGUGAACGAUYGUUUCGUUUGUACCGUGUGUUACAUCAGAUGUGAACAAUCUAGUCACACUGGUUCWUKGUGGACAMAUAGGGUGGUGAGUGUUCUAAAGAAUAUGAUAAUAUUCUACUGUAUCAAGAUGGUGGCUUCGUGCUCUAUGGGAUCAACAUGCGUUUUAUGUUUAUGUAUUUAUGUUACAUGGAUUCAACCAAGGGAUAUAACCAGGCUGUUUCGCUUCGUACCGUGUGCAUCGAAGUCACGGGUGAGAUKGCGGUUGGCGCUGGCGGGGAAGUGCCUUUUCGUUCAACAAAGCAAGUUUCGUAGCGAGCAGUAACUAGACAACGUGCUUAUUUGGCAAGGGGAAGGAUGGCGUCGAUGUUGCCCAUCUUCUCGUGAACCAUGAGGCCGAGGAUUCCCAUUUGGGCGGCACGUCCGUUGUUCAACUCGAUGGAUCGCUUGCGACGCUUCCAGUCAUCGGAUUGCUUGUCCCAUCCGAAGUCAAGAGCUCCGUUACGGAAGUCACCCUUGAAUUCGGCCUUGCCCUCGGCGUUACCGUCACCAACUCCCCAAGGAGCCUGGAACUGAUCCUGGUUGGCGGCUUCCAUCAUAGCCCAAGUGGCGAUCAGCUGGGCCCAGACCAUACCGGGGAGGUUGUCAAGGGCGGCGAAGCCUCCGGGGAUGUCUUCGGCUCCAGGGAAUCGGACUCCAGCGGCGGUGGUCAAGUAUCCGACAACAGCAAGCAUGGMGAUACGUCCGUGCUUGAGUUCGACCCAUCGAAGGCGGGCGAACUGUUCCUCAUCAGCGUCCUUGGCAUCACCGAUGAUUCCGAGRGGAUCAAAGAAUCCCAAAGGAGCCUGGGCACCRAUUUCUCCGGAGACAUCGGCGUUCAAGGCGGUGGAGGUGGUUGCUUGUUGGGCAGGCGCGAAGGCGGCGGCUCCGGCGACAAGGGUGGUGAAAAUGGCGAGCUUCAUGGUUGAAAUUUUUGGAGUUGUUGUUGAAAAGGUUCAAGUUUGGGAUUGUGAGRGRAGAGWGGCUGGCCCUCGGAAGGUGUAUUACCUACACGGAGAACAUAACCACUAAAAAUUGGUUGCACUUCCUCGAAACGAUACGACGGCCUUUCCUCGUGAUAGAUACCAGGAAGGACAACAUUCAACCAAAGGAAUGCGAAUUUACGUUCGUAAGUUCCUACUAGUAAAUCUAAAAACCUCAAACACCCAUCACUAAUUUCUUGAUGGACAGAGGAUMGCGAUCGCGACUUCAACCAGAUACCAAUUUUGGGAAUUUGAGGAAGAGGAACAAAAAGAACAGCAAUGCUACUCUACUCGUGACUGGAUAGUUUCUAUAGAUUGUCCUACMGGACAGGGAUGGGUCGCCUCAGUCACGUCUGUAAAAGUCGUCGUCACCUACUACGGUUUCACGGUAUCUUCGGCUUCAACUUCCCCCAUUGCUUCUGUCUUUCGCCCGCGAACGUCUGUUCCGUCCAAUUCCUCGCAGCUGUCGGUCUGUCUGCGUCCUACGUGACCCGACAUUCACCUGUUUUGGGGCGAAGAGUUUGUGCCACGUCGUAUCGCGCGACGCGCAGAUGCAGUUUCAUAAAGCAUUUGAGCAUCCAAUUACAAAACAAAGCACAAUUACGUGAAGUCAGUAUUGUACGGUACUAAAAUUCGUACUUGUACUUCGUAGUUCUGGACAGUACGAACGUACCGUAAUGUACAGUAAUGGGGAUUGCUCUGUUCAAAAUACGGUACGGUACGAAUGUACUUUACGUACUUACGAAUUGACUUUACUCUUAUUUCUAAUUUCUCCUACCUCCGUCCCACAAUAAUAGGACAAUAUGCACCUAUUUCGUUGAAAUAAGCUCAAUAUUUGGGCAAUUGGAAUGAUUCUUUUGUUUAACAGAUCUAUUAUAAAUAUAUACAAGUAUGAAGAUCAUAUUAAUUGAAAGUGUCUGACAUACUUAUGGUAUUUACUUAAAGAGAGACAUUUUUUCUUAUCAGCAAUAUGAAAAUACCACUGUCAGUUGGUGGGUUCUACUACUGGUCACUGGAAGACCAGACCGGUUUCUAUAGAAAGCCAAGAGUGACACAUUUUUUAGGCUGUAAUUCUCUUCAGUGUUGAGAACUUUCUUGCAUUUGCCAUUCUUGUUUGAAAAAGGUGCACUGUACCACUGUCGUCAUUUCAUUGUUCCCCCCCAUGUUAGUAACAAGCAAUUCUAUUGUAGUAUUUUCAUGUGUGAAAAAUWAAAUUAAUUUUUUUCACGUGCAUUCUCAUUUUUAAUUUUUAUCUACAGUACUGAUUCUACCUAUAAACCACUUAAGUAAAU